AUGCCUAAGAUCAACGGACAGGAUGUGGGCGCGACCGGCUACGGUCUCAUGGGCUUCACCUGGCGCCCCGACCCGAUACCGCAUGAUCAAGCCUUCGAGGCCAUGCGGACGGCGCUGAAGCACGGGAUGAACUUCUGGAACGGCGGCGAGUUCUACGGCACGCCCGAGUGCAACUCGAUGACCCUCCUGGACGCGUACUUCGCCAAAUACCCCGAAGAUGCCGACAAGGUGGUCCUCAGCAUCAAGGGGGGCAUGAACCUCAAAAACCACAAACCAGACGGCUCGCCCGAGGGGGUGCGCCGGUCCAUCGACGCCGUGCUCAAGCAGCUCAACGGCCGCAAGAAGCUCGACAUCUUCGAGUACGCCCGUCGCGACCCCAAUGUGCCCAUGGAAGUGACCUUCCGCACCAUGCAAGAGUACAUCGACAAGGGCCUGCUCGGCGGCAUUUCCCUCAGCGAGGUCGCCGCAUCGACCAUCCACGAGGCUGUCAAGCACGCCAAGAUUGUCGCCGUCGAGGUUGAGCUGAGCAUCUUCAGUCCGGACGUGCUAACCAACGGCGUUGCCGCGGCCUGCGCGCAGUACGGCAUCCCGCUGAUCGCCUAUUCGCCCAUAGGGCGCGGGAUCCUAGGCGGCAAGCUGCAAUCGCAGUCCGACAUCCCGCCCUUCCUGCAGCAGUUCCCGCGGUUCCACCCGGAGAACUUCCCCCACAACCUCGAGCUCUUUCGGCUCGUCAACGCGCUCGCGCAGAAGAAGGGCUGCACGCCGGCGCAGCUGGCCAUCUCGUGGACGCGCUGCCUGUCGCGGCGGCCCGGCAUGCCGACCAUCAUCCCAAUCCCGGGCUCGACGCGGGCGGAGCGCGUCGCGGAGAACGCCGUCGAGGUCGACCUGACGGACGCCGAGAUGGACGAGAUCGAUAAGAUCCUGGCCAAGUUCGAGGUCAAGGGCGAGCGGUACCCCGCGAGCAUUCCUACGAACACGUAA